AUGGCAAGUAAACGAAAAUCCACCGUACCCUGCAUGGUGCUUGCGAGUGAGCCCGACCCAGACUUGGAAGCUGUGUCUGAUGUUGAGGAUGGUCCACCUGUAAUCACACCGGCGGAAAGUGUGUUAAGUGAUGAGGAUUCUCGAGAAGACGUGGACCCGGACAAUCAGCAAAACAAAAAAGUUGAAGGAGGAUACGAAUGCAAAUACUGCACAUUUCAGACUACAGAUCUCAAUAUGUUUACUUUCCACGUCGAUUCCGAGCACCCUAACGUCGUAUUAAGUUCCUCUUACGUCUGUCUCGAAUGCAAGUUUGUUACCAAAAGGUAUGAUGCUCUUUCGGAACAUAAUGUGAAGUACCACCCUGGAGAGGAGAACUUUAAACUGACCAUGGUAAGACGUAACAAUCAGACAAUCUUUGAGCAGACAGUGAACGAUCUUACUUUCGACGGGAGUUUUGUACAUGAGGACAAGUCGGAAGAGACAGAAUCAUCUGAGUAUCCCAAUUCGGGCAUCUCAAUUAGCAAAACCCCUAUUAUGAAAAUGAUAAAAAACAAGAAUGAGACCAAGCGAAUUGCUGUUCUCCACAAUGCUACCGAGGAACGUCCUGGGGAAGAGAAAGAUACUGAAACUGACCCAGAUUGUGAGGAAAUAAUAGAAAAGCCAGUUUCUUCUGCCGUUUCGGAGACCACCACGAGUAAUACGCUGGCCACAGAAACCAUUAGCACAAUUGUGAAUCCCACCACGGUGAUUCAGCCUACACAAGUGAUUGCUACCCUAGCAUCUCCGCAGAACUCAAACUUAAUUUCUAAAGUCUUGAUCCCUGUCAACAGUAUCCCUACCUACAACACUGCUUUGGAUAACAACCCCCUCUUGCUUGCCACCUACAACAAGUUUCCCUAUCCAACCGUGUCAGAGAUCAUGCUUCUUGCUAAUCAAGCGAAAUAUACCGAGGAACAGAUCAAAAUCUGGUUCUCUGCCCAGCGUUUGAAACACGGGGUCAGCUGGACGCCGGAGGAAGUGGAAGAAGCCAGAAGGAAGCAGUUCAACGGUACCGUGCACACGGUCCCUCAGACGAUCACAGUGAUUCCGGCACACAUUUCAACAGCUGGCAACGGUCUGCCUUCCAUUCUGCAGACGUGCCAAAUCGUUGGUCAGCCCAGCCUAGUGCUUACACAAGUUGCUGGCGCAGGCACGCUUCCGGUGACGGCCCCAAUAGCUUUGACUGUGGCGGGGGUCCCAAAUCAGCCCCAGCUGCAGAAAGCGCAAGUCCAAACUGCACAGCCUGUUGCCGAAACCAAGCAAGUAGCCGCUGCCCCGGCCCCUCAGCCUACCAAACCGGAGGUAGUGGUAGCAAACGCAGACGCCAUUGGAGUGCGGGCAAAGAAAACAAAAGAACAGCUUACGGAGUUAAAAGUCAGCUACCUUAAGAAUCACUUUCCUCAGGAUUCCGAGAUAAUUAGGCUCAUGAAAAUAACGGGCCUGACGAAAGGGGAGAUCAAGAAAUGGUUCAGUGACACCAGGUACAACCAGCGAAAUUCAAAGCAUAACCAUUACAAUAAUCUCAACAACGAUUCGUGCACCAUCAUCAUUGAUUCGAGUGACGAAACAAACGAAUCCCCAACACUGGCCUCGCCACCGCAGAAGCAGUCGUGGAACGCUUCUGACGGCACCCCGCAGAAAUCCAAAGAGAAGACUCCCAAGCAACUACAAAUCCUCGAAGACAGUUAUCAAAACUAUUCCAUACUCACAGAAGAAGAACUGGCUAGGAUAAUGUCAGAAACGAAUCUGAGCAGGCAAGAAAUCAAUGCUUGGUUCACAGAACAGAAAAACAAAACAUUAAGCGAGGAAAGUGAGGAGCUAAACGAUAGCAAUGGAAGCAUCUCAAAGGAAGCAUCUGCGGAGACAACUGGUGGUGAAGGGGCUGGAUCUCAGAAGUCAGGAAAAGUAAGCAAAAAGACUCCAGAGCAGCUCCAUAUGCUGAAAAUGUCAUUUGUCAGAACUCAGUGGCCGUCCGCGGAAGAGUAUGACCAGUUGGCUGAAGAAAGCGGACUCCCUCGACCAGAGAUUGUCAGUUGGUUUGGAGAUACACGUUACGCGUGGAAAAAUGGUGGCUUGAAAUGGUACUACUCCUAUCAAGGGGCCAAUGCAAAUAGUAUGAAUGGUCAAAGCGGUUCCAGGAGGAGAGGGAGAGGAAGACCAAAGGGAAGAGGAAGAGGAAGGCCUCGUGGGCGAGCCAGGGGGAACAAAAGGAUCAAACACUGGGACCGGACUCCGGUCAUCAAAUUUAAAACUGGAAAGGCGAUCCUGAAGGAUUAUUACCUAAAACACAAAUUCCUUAACGAACAGGACCUCGACGAGCUGGUUGCCAAAUCGCACAUGGGAUACGAGCAGGUGAGAGAGUGGUUUGCCGAUAUGCAGCAAAGAGCUGAACAGGGCCUUGAGCUAUUCAACGAGGAGGAGGAAGAGGAGGAGACACCGGAUGAGCAGGAUGAUGAAGAGGACAACGAGGACGAAGAGGAAACGGAUGACAGUGACAAUUGGGAACCCCCUCGGCAUGUUAGGCGUAGGCUGUCAAAAUCAGACUGACAUGUAAGUUUUUGGGUUGUGGGGAACGUAACGUUGCUGU